AUGGCUGGAGUGGGACCAGGUUCGCAGACAUUUCCCGAUUCCACUACCCGCUCGGAAAUCGAGCAGCUUCGGGAUUCGAGGCAGGCCGCUGAGCUGGAAAAACGCCUGCGGAAGCGCAUCCAGUUUGGCACAGCUGGCUUGCGCGGCCGUAUGGCUGCUGGGUUCUCCUGCAUGAAUUCUCUGACAGUAAUCCAGGCAUCGCAAGGCCUGGCCAAGUACUUGCGGGAGAACCAUGGCGACCUUGUACACCGUGGGGUGAUCAUCGGCCAUGAUGCCCGCCACAACUCAGCCAGAUUCGCGGUGCUCGCCGCAAAUGCUUUCAUCGCACAGGAGAUUCCGGUUUGGUUCUAUUCAGGGCCGGCCGUUACCCCAGCCGUACCUUUUGGCGUGACCGACAUGCGUGCCCUUGCAGGUGUCAUGGUCACAGCGAGUCAUAACCCAGCGCAAGAUAAUGGUGAGGCUACAAAGUGUCUGGUUCCACCUUCCAGCGUCUCAUUUCCAAUCCUAACAUCGUCCAGUUACUUCAAGAAUGGUUGUCAGAUUAACUCCCCUAUGGACAGGGAGAUCUCUGAAUCCAUCGAGCGGAAUCUCGAGCCAUGGCCCAACGCCUGGACCGAUUCGCCAACCGGCCAAUACUUCAACCCCAAGACUUACGAAGAGCUGCUGCCACGUUAUACCACUCGAGUUUGGCACUACUCUAAAUCCACCGUUCAAAACUGGAGAUACCCAAAGCCGUUUGUUUACACCCCCUUGCACGGUGUUGGAGGACUGGUGCUUCCCGCCCUGUGCCGCUCAUUGGGCAUCACGGACUUCACCACAGUAAAGGAGCAAAUAGAACCAGAUCCCGACUUCCCAACCUUACCAUUCCCCAACCCCGAGGAAAAUGGAGCGCUGGACCUGGCGGUGGAAACGGCGGACCGGGAAGGUAAAACCCUCAUCAUCGCUAACGACCCAGACGCCGAUCGAUUCGCUGCUGCCGAAAAAGUCGACGGCAAAUGGUUUUUCUUCACUGGUAACCAUAUGGGAGCUCUUCUGGCGUCUCAUCUUUUCGACUCGCUUGAGAACAUUGACACAGACACACGGGUUGCUGUCCUGAAUUCAGCCGUCUCCUCGACCAUGCUUGAGAAAAUGGCCAAGGCCAGGGGUAUUUACUUCGAGGAGUCACUCACGGGCUUCAAGUGGAUGGGAAAUACGUCUCGCAAACUUGAGGAGUCUGGAUAUUACGUUACCUUCGCGUUUGAGGAGGCUCUCGGCUAUAUGUUCCCGGAGGUCUGCUACGACAAGGAUGGGAUUACGGCGGCCAUGAUCUUCCUAUCAGCCCAAGCAAGAUGGGCCACGCAAGGUCUCACUCCCUACAGCAAACUCCAAAAGCUAUUUGCCGAAUUCGGGCACCACGAGACUUUAAACAAUUAUUUCCGGUCGCCCAACCCGGAAACAAGCAUGGUGCUAUUCGACGCCAUCAGGGCUGGUCAAUUUAAGUCAGAACAGAAGUUAGGAUCCUUCAAGAUUCUUCGAUGGCGAGACAUGACAGAAGGCUACGACUCCGGCACGGAAGACAAGACGCCACGACUUCCCGCUGAUAAGAGCAGUCAAAUGCUAACCCUAUGGCUUGAUCGGGACGUACGGUUCACAAUUCGCGCAUCAGGCACCGAGGCUAAGGUCAAAUACUACAUAGAGAGCUGUGGCUCCUCUCGUGAACAAGCGAUAGAUGCUGUCUGUGACACCCUCCGGGCAGUCAUCAAAGAAUGGAUCCAGCCAUACGCCCCGUUGUUGACCUACAGCAAACAGCUCCCCACAUCUUCUGGCCAUAUUCUUCAGCUUGACUAG